UCAUCCUAGAACCGCAGUCGGACAUUGAAUCGCAACGGGAGUAACACCCAAAGUGGCAUUCAAAUCAUUAUUAAACAAUAAAACAAUCCAAUAUAAAAGACAUUGCAUUAUACUAACACAAUCACGAGUUAAGUGAAAACGUGUGCCACAUAUUAUACCACACGUGUCGGCACGUGCAGUGAACCACUACCAACGUUAAGAAGUGUGCGGCUCUUUUAUUAAAACAGAAGAAUUAAUUGUGUUUGCAUAACGUGCUCGCGUUAUUUGUGUAAUAAUGAACAAGUAGUACUGUUUAAUCUGAUAAUAUAACACGUGUUACCCACUUACCAAGUAGUUAAUUUAUAAAAAAAUAUAUAUAUAUAAAUUAUUUUGUAAAAAAAGUUAACGCACAUCACAAUAAAUGCUGGAUAUAAACGUGAACGAUCAUUUAAACGCUGCAUCGACAAUGUUCUCGAUGGAUAACCUCGACAUGGAGGUGAUGAAUCGACAGUUCUUCUUUGAGAGCAGUUCAUUUUUGAGCGGUGCGUCGGGAAAUAUUCAUGCUGGUGGCAGCGGUGGGACUGGUUCCACUACUGGGUCUACAAACAGCGGUGAUUUAUUCUUGUAUGAUGACAACAGUUGCGAUUCCAUUGGUUCCAACUAUAGUUAUAAUAGUGAUCAAGAAAAUAGUUCAGGAUCUAAAGACAACCGUGUGCAUCGUUAUCGCCGUCGCAAUAAAUGUCCCCAACAACAAAUUCAACAACGCCAAGCUGCAAAUCUACGAGAACGCAAAAGAAUGCAGAGUAUUAAUGACGCAUUCGAAGGAUUACGAGCACAUAUUCCAACAUUACCCUAUGAAAAACGUCUUUCUAAAGUUGAUACUCUAAAAUUGGCGAUUGGAUACAUCAAUUUUCUUAGUGAGUUGGUCCGCAGUGACCGCAACGGUAACACAGACUGCUUCAACGGCAUCAACCGAAACGUACCACGUGAUGAACCAAAGAAAAUCAUUUUAAGAGGUAUGAAUGGAAGUUACACAGCGCAUUCAUUGUCGUGGCAUCGCGACAAAGAUCCUAACCCAAAUGGAAUCAUGAUUGCUAAAGUGUGGACACCGGAAGACCCACGCACCAAAGGUGGUCAGACCAGUUCUAGUGCUUAUACUAAUCUUCAGGAGUAGUUUUAAUUAUUUUACAACAAAAGGUGAUCUUUGGAAAGCUGUAUAUACUGUAAAUGUAUUUAUUUAAAUUUAUCAGAUAGAAAUUAGAUAGUUAUUAGACCAUAUUUCUAACUUGAAUUAUCAAGUCUAGUCAAGUUACAGAUGUGAUUAAAUCUAGUCAAAGGUUUUAUUUCUGUGCAAUUACAAACAAAAUAGAUUCUUAUUUAUUUACAACCACUCACCACACAUGUAUGCAUAUAAUAAAUUGUAUUCAAACAUUGA